AUGACCAUGGCAAUGCAUCAACGGGCAGAGAUCUUCGACAUUCAUGAGGAUGCUGCUACCGAGGAAACUGAGAUGAUGCUCGAUGAUGAGCACAUCCAAGAGCUGGACCGUGCAACGCACGACGAAGAAGAGAUUCUCGAGGGAGAAAAGGAAGAAGGAGAGCAAAGAGUGGAAUACGACGACAGCUCCGAGGAAGACAAUAUCGAGGACAGUGUCCAGGCAGACAUGGACAAGCUGCAGAGAGACUUCCCCGGAUUUCACGACAAAUACAGGUUGAUCAAGCGAAUCGGCGAGGGCACAUUCUCUACCGUCUUCAAGGCCGAAGACUUAUGCUACGACCAAUACGAUAAUGAUUGGAAUUUCGAAGAUGACAGCGAAAAGUGGACGCCGCCCCCAUUGAAACGGGAUUCAAACCAGAUACCUCAGCGUGCGAAGAAGAAGUCGCGAUUUGUGGCCAUAAAAAAGAUUUACGUCACGUCAAGUCCAGCGCGCAUUUACAACGAGCUUCAGCUUCUACACGACCUGCGACGGUGUCCAUCUGUUUGCCCUCUUAUUACAGCGUUUCGCCAAACAGACCAAGUAGUAGCCAUUCUGCCAUACUUUCGCCAUGGAGACUUUCGUGCCUAUUUCCGGGAUAUGACAGUUCCGGAUAUUGCCAUCUAUCUACGGUCGCUUUUUACAGCUCUGAAGAGUGUCCAUCAACACAAGAUACUCCACAGAGAUAUCAAGCCCACCAAUUUCCUCUACGACCCAGUCACACAACACGGAGUAUUGGUAGAUUUCGGAUUGGCAGAGCGAGAAGGAUCAGACAGCAAACCCUGCAUUUGCCACGAAAGUCGCGAGGCGCGGAAGCACCGCCAAACUGUCUCGGUUUGGGCCCAGACCGCGACGACACAACAGGUUGGAUACCCCAAGUCAGAUACUCGCCCGUCACGGCGUGCCAACCGUGCAGGUACCAGAGGCUUUCGUGCACCAGAAGUACUUUUCAAAUGCACCGAGCAGACCACGGCGAUCGAUAUCUGGUCAGCCGGUGUUAUUCUACUUACCAUUUUGUCGAAGCGUUUUCCAUUCUUCAACUCUGCUGAUGACGUCGAAGCCAUGAUUGAGAUUGCCACCAUCUUCGGUUCUAAGCGAAUGAAGCACGCAGGCUUGCUACAUGGCUGUGUCUUUGAGACCACGAUACCGACUGUCGGACAGCAGGGCUUCACGAUGGAGAAGAUUAUCCUGUGGAGUACCUGCCGAGCAGAAGAUAACCCUUUGACGGAUGAGGAAAGGCUGGCCGUACGCUUCUUGGAGAGGUGCAUGGAGCUAGACCCGACUCGCCGCAUAACGGCUGAAGAAGCUUUGGAACAUGAACUUUUACGAAUUGACCGGCCGCCCGAGGACGAUAUGGUCGACGAUGACGAAAUGGAUAUGCUGGAGGCAUGA